AUGAACAGGAACACGAAGAAAAGGUACCCAACCCACUCAGACUACAUCCAGGUCACCAAAGCCCUGAUUGUGAAGUAUCCUUUCUUAAGAGAUGUACACGGAAAUGGUUAUGACACCUGGCACAGCCAACUCAAGAGAAAGUUCAAAGCAGAACGGGCUCCCCUAAUCAGCAACGAAGAAGUGAACCGGGUUAAAGAAAAGUUUGGACGCACGCAGAAACAUCGGACCACAGAGGAAUCCAACAGCUCCUGUCUGAAGAGACUGAAGCCCUCUCUCGAUUCGUGCUUUGUGGGGGAAGAUGCAGCCUCCGUUGAUGCUCAUAUCAAGGUGCUAAAUGAUCAGCACAAGAAGCUACAUCCUGACACAGCACUGGUGAAAGACCGCAUGACAAAAACCUUUGCAUGGAGACGUCGAGAGGUAGCUGAAGGAAUGUGUACUGUGGACCUAUUAAAGAGAGAUCCAUUCCUGGGGACAUCUGCAGGGUUGUGUGAUGAGGUUGAUUUAAUGCAUCCCUGCCAAGACAACAUCUGUCGCCGCUUUAGCGAAAACUUCACUGCUGUUCUUCAAAAUGUUCUUCAAAUGACCAAGGAUUUGCCACUGAAGAAGGUCUACAUGGAGGCAAGAGAGAAUGCACUGGCUGAAGACAUUACAGGAAUUGACUUCAAGGGGGCACUUCUUCUCUUGCCAUCCAUCUUCAAGGAGAAGAUCAAAUGAAACAGUGCUGGGAGUUUUCUUCAGAUAGGUUGCUUGUUGACUUUGAACAUUCACUCAGCACAAGUGUCAGUGUGCCAUUUUCAUCUCUGCCAGGUGACUUACAGAAUGCUCUGGAAAUGAACAAAAGUUUUACAGAUGUGCAUUUUCAGGAUAAAGUGCUUCAGCGUGUGUCUGCUAUAUCUGUCAGCAGUGUCAAAUAUGAACUUGAGGAUGUUUUUGUAGUUGGCCAUGUACACACUGAAGCCAUACCUAUAUUCUUUAAAAUCAAGUAUAUUUUGAAUGUUGAUACUUGUUGGGUAUUGUGUGGGAAACUGUUACUUCCUUGCACUUAUGAAUGUCAUUUCCAUGCUUAUCAAGUGGCAGUUGACAAUGACUGGAUCCUGUUCAGUCCAGGAAAUGAAUUAGACUUUCAAGCUCUAGACACCUAUUUAGUUGAUGAUAGGCUGUUUGUGUCCUUGAGGUAUUCUGUGUGACGUGAUUGCAAGCACAUUUUCCACUUUGUCUAUAUAUAUGACAUAUAUAUAUUCUGGCUUGUUGAAGUAGAGCAAAACAUUUGUGUGGACAGUUUUUAAAUACAUGCCAUCUCUGUGAUCCAUCAAAACAUUGUGUUCAGGUGUUUAAUGUCUUUAUGUGAUUGUUUACUUUUUUUAAAUGAAUGUAUUUUUCUUGACAUGUCCUAUGGCAAUAUACGAAUGUAAUCAAGGAUGUAUUCCUGUGGUUGUUUAAAUGCUUUGAUGUGAUUCUAUUAUCGAAAAUAAAUGGUUAAAUAACCAAAUAUUUUGGA